AUGGCCGAAGAAGAACACGAAGGCGCCUCCGUCAAGGAGAUCCUCAUCGAAGCAUGCCGCCGCAACAACACCGACCUCCUCACCGAAACCCUCGCCGGCAAAUCCGACGCCGAAAUCACCGAGCUCCUCAACAAGACCACCACCGUCAUGGGCAACCACUUGUACCAUGAGGCCGCGUCCCACGGUAACUACGAAAUCAUAGACCUCCUCCUCGACCAACCGUCCUUCGAAUGCGAUCCCCAAACCCGCCUCGACCACGACACGCCCCUCCACACCGCUAUCCGCUGGAUCAACUCGGAACCGCCAGCUCAGCGCGAAUUCGGCGCUGCGCUGGUCGAAAUGAUGCUCGAGGCUGGCUCGAACCCGCGCCUCAAGAAUAAGGGCGGCCUGACGCCGUAUCAGCUUAUCGAUCCGUCGAACACGGCGCUGCGCGAGCUGAUUCAGAAGCACAUGUACGCUUCGCAGAACGCUGGCGACUUUAUCGAGGCGAGCAGCGCGCCUAGCGGAGCGCCACCUCCACCACCUGGUGCGGCGCCGCCGUUGCCUGCGCAGGAUGAGUUUGACGAGGAUGCAGAGUUUAGCGGCAGUGAUGACGAGGAGAGAGGCGAGUGGGAACGUAGAAAGAAGGAAGCUCUUGCGAGACGAUAGAGUACAGCACACGCGGGACACAAAAAGAGAGCACUUUUAUGAAGUAUAUUUUAUAUUGCUAUACACCAACCAUGAGCAUCUAGCAGAACAGGCAGUAGGAGAAGGAGGUAGAGGUGGCAGCUUAGAAGAGCAAAAUACUACGAUAACCACCAUAGCGCGCAUAAUGCAAUCAUAAACAAAACAGACCACCGCGGAGCCAGCUUCCUUCCAAAUGCUGCUUUAUGACUCGU